GCAACCACCCGCAACCCCCCUACCUGUAGCUACCCUGUAGCGCGUGCUCUGCUUGUGCCUUGCUCGUACUCCGUCACUUCAACGUAUACCCCCUUCCUUCUGGGAGCCCCCGCUCCUGACAAGUUGAACGCUCUUAUCCCACCUCAGGGAGUUGAACCGGCGGAGACGAGCCAUGGCCCAGACCCGCGCCCGCGCUGCGCUCGAGCAGAGCCCUGCACCCUCGCAAUCUCAGGCACUUUCCACCGAUCCGACCUCUUCGUACACCCUCUCCGCACCGCCUGCGCCUGACGCCACCAUGGGCGAGAGCUCCCAGCACGCCCAGAUUGAUCUGAACGGCUCCCGUGCAGCGCCUAUCGACCCCCUGCUCUCCACCCAGGAGCGCGACCUUGCUGAGGAAGAGCGCCGUCUGAGCGCUGAGAUCGCUCUCGAGCGCCGCCGUCAAGCUAUCCUCCAACUGCGAGCUCAGCAUGCGCAGCUCCUGCGCCAGAAUGCCCAGCUUGCGCAUGUUGCCGAGGGCGCCACCUCUUCGAAUUCCGACCCUCUUGCCGCCCAGACCGCCAAUACCACCGUGCCGGCUGCAUCUGUUGCCGCGCCUGCGCCCGCACCCGCUCCUGCACCUGCUCCUGCGCCUGUUGCCGCGCCUGAGGCUGCGCCCGUGGCCGCUGCGCCUGCGCCCGCACCUGUGGCCGCACCUGUGGCCGCGUCUGUUGCCAUCGAUGCCCCUCCGCCCGCUGCCAAUCCUGAGUUCAGCGCUCCUAUUGCGCCCUCGCCGAUCCUUCCCAGCGCUGCGGGAGCUCCCCUCUGGCGUGCCGCUGGCUUGAACCACCCCACGUACAGCGGCAAGGAUGCUUCUUCGCUUCGGGCCUUCCUGUACGACUGCCGCACCAACUUCCAGCUCAUGGGCUACUCGCUCGAUGGUAGCGACUGCGUUGCGUACGCGGCAAGCUGCCUCCGAGGCCCGCCCAAGAACGCCUGGGUGAAGUAUGUCCAGGAGCAGGAGGCCGAUCCUAACUUUCGUCUCUCGGCCAUCACCUGGGGCGAGUUCGUUGCGUUCCUUCAAAACGAACUAUCUGAUCCCGAUUCGCGCGCCUUCAGUGCGGCCUCGGAGCUUGAGCGCCUCGCACAGCGCGAAGACGAGACCGUCCCGGAGUUCGUUGAACGGUUCACCAGCGUAAUCGCCGACAUGCCUUCGAAGUGGGAUGAACCCACCCGCA